GGCGGUUUUGAGCGUCCUGCGAGAGGUUCUAUUUCGUAUAAGAAACACCGCAAUCUCCGAGCGCUAAAAGUUGCUCCACAGUUCGUCUCUUCAGCGAGGCUUGAAGCUAAGACAAGAUGAUGGUCGAGCCGGACAUCGAUGGCGGGGGCGGGUUUUAGGUUGGUGAAACUGGAAGGUGGUAGGCGGAAGUUGUUCAAGUUUGGCCGCGUCUGUGCAUGCCGAUAAAUAUGUUCUGUAGACAAAUCUUUCUAUGCCAAAAUGCAAGAACUUCCUCCUGCCUAAGAACUCUUUCCCCGCCUGUUAUACCCUGCAGUCCAGCAGCAGUAACGAGCCUGCAGACGACUCGCGAGGCGGCCCACCGCACCAGAACCCUCCGUAUCAAAUGCAAAAAUGUCUGGGUCUGGAAGAUUGCGAGAUUUGUCAUGCUUGUCUGGCAUGACCAACAAGUUUGUAAUGCGUGUUCAAGAAGGGAUCCUUUUGCCUGUCAUGCAAAAACGCAGGUUGUCAUGCGAAAAACGCAACACAAAAAAGCGCAGAUAUUUCUCAUGCUUGCCGGUGCAUUACAGAGCAUUCACUAUUCCCAACGCAGCAUUACAAGUUUCCAGACCCAGACAUUUUUGCAAUUGAUAUCCCGCCGGGCAACACGAUAACGCAGGCCGUGAUGCUGCCACCCGACUUCUUUUUCGAGUCCUGGCACCACUAUGACACCGACGAGUUCUUAUCCUGAGGAAAAAAGCCCCCACCCGAUAGUUGUCAUGCAGAGUUGCAUAUUCCAGGAAAGUAUGUAAUGCGCAUCCCGCCCAUGAGGGGCGUUUGUAGUCGUGUAGUUUUCGCAUUUGCACUGCUGUUAACAGGAUGAGCAGAUGGAUUUGUGACGCGGCUGCCCUCGCUCACCUGCACUACAGUACAACAGAGAGAAGCUUGUCAUGCGUGACUCCCGCAGCCGCUGGAUUUGUGUUGCAAAGUUCCAACCUUGAGUCCAAGGUGUGGGCUCCGUUUUUGCUCCGGAUAGUUCUGCCCCCAGGAACAGGAAAAAGCCGCACUGGAGGCGCUACGACAAGCGGAGGAGGAAGGGGUGGAUGAGAUGCAUUUACGAAGUAUGGGAUGGGGAGGCAUUUUGACUAGGUUUCAGCAGUCCCCUUGCAAGAAAGUUCUAGUCCUUGAUAUAAAACGGUUGUAUGUAGUUCUUGUUUUGCAGCACGAGCAAUCAUUAUCGAAAAAACAUGUGUUUUGAGAUCAGCGCCAAGCUAGCCAAAGUCGUUUUCCCCAUUCACACUCGGGCAAAAAGAGCAGCACGAGAGGACAAAAAGGGGUGAGCAGGAGCCGAUGAUCGCACUGAAGGUACCAUUUCCAGUAUCCAAGAAAAAAACUGUGUAAGUGCGACUUUGUGUUGCAGACGAUGCAAGACGAUUACAACUGUCAUCCUGGACAUGCAUUAGACGCUGUUUUCGCACGUGUUUUCACGUACUAGGUACGCAUGACAGGUUUUCUCUGUCAUGCAGAGCAAACUUGUGAUGCUGUUUUUUCCAAGGAAGUUACACUUACACAAAUUUUUUCUUGCAUAUCAAGCAGGAGGCCGCGCGAGCAAGUACCCAAGAAUAACCUAUAGCCUGCCGACAGGUAUGAGAUUUAUUGAUGCCACAGGUUGUUAUUGUUUGUCUUCACAUUUUGUUCCAACCGAUCAUGUGUUGCUUUGUCAUUCAUGUUCCUCCAUGCCAUGGCAGAUGAGGCUCCAGAAUUUCUAAAUUCGAUCACGCACGAAAGCAAAAUGAUGGAAUUAUCAACUACAUACAGGUCACAACUACAAGAAAGAAGACGUCGCGAGCAUGCGUGCGGUGCACAGUGUAUGGGAAGAGUGAAAAAAAUGGUUGUGCCAGACAUAUAUUGUUCAUCAUAAGUCGCAAAUUAGAAUUUGCCCGCGGCUAAGAACUCGAACUUUGUCAUGCAACUCCUAAAUGUCAAGAUCUAUGUGACAGCCCUUUGAGAGGAGAUUGGAGCAGUUUUUCCAGUCCAUACACACUCUACACGGCGUUUCGGCAAGACACCUCUUUCUGCCACAAGUACCGGAUCAUCGGUUCCGCGCUGCACCCAAAAUACCCCGGCACGCUCCUGGUAUUAUACUGCUUUUUGUAGAUAGUUGUUGAAAGAAAUUGAAAUUUGUUGUUUUCUCCCCUUGUGUUUGUGAUGCGGAUUUUGCAUGAGGAUUCUGUAAUGCGUGGACGUAAUUUCAGUGCCAAUUCUCAGGUUCUCGUGCACGGUGAAGACGAGCACUAAUAUGGGUAUCAAAUGCAAAAGUGUCUGGGUCUGGAAACUUGUGAUACUGGGUGGCGUAUCAUGAGGAGGCCACAAGUGCUGGCUCAGCAUGACAAGUUUCUGAGGAGCUUCUAGGUGUUGCCUAUUCUGCAUGACAAACUGCGUUUCUGCAUGACAGAAAAAUGGGGCUCUUGGAUAAUGUGCACGACAAAUUCAAGAUUCAUGUGAGACAAGCAUGACAAACUUGCAUUCUUCCAGCCCCCGACAUUUUUGCACUUGAUAAUGGCAUUGAAAAAGCAAUCGGUCUCCUUUCAGCUCGUACAUAUGAUUUAGCAAGUCACCAUCCGGAAUAAUUCUCUUCUGUCAUGCAGUCGUGCAUCACGAUAAGAAAAUCGGUUUUGUUGUCAAUCUAUUAGGAGCUGAGAAAGAAAAAGCCGAGUAGUUUUUUUCAACCCCACAUUCCCGUACCAGAGUACUGGCCCGAGCACGUGAACCAUGCUAUGCAGCCGCUACCCAUGGUGUCUUGCCGUUAUUUCUACUGCAUGGAAAAAAUGUAGUUGCACUUUGUCAUGCAGAAAUACCGGCAAGACAAACACCUCUUCUCCAUACGUUGCGAUAUGGAAAUUUGCCAGGAAACCUAUAACAAGCACCCAGUGGACAAGAAUAUGCUAGGGCAAAUCGCUUGAAGUUGAACUGAGUUGAAAUUUGCCAUAUGGAACAAGCUGCAGAUUUUUCGUAGGCGAUUUUGUAGUUUAUCCCUAUUUCCUUUCAACUUUACCUGCACGCCUGAAGUUCUUCGGAUUCUUGCGCUAAUUUUCUUAGCAGGUCUUCGUCGAACAACACUCUACUACACUUAUCACGAUUUGCGUUGCAUAACACACUUCCUAAGGCUAGAAAUCUUUUUCGAGCACGACGCGCAAAUACGAAGAAACAAACAUUCUGAGCCCCCGACCUCGUCAUAGAUUUACUUGCAGCCACCAUCGAAGCUAGAAUGCUGGACCGACGUGUGAAAAAGUAUGUAUCUAUUAACCAAUCUAGAAUGCUAAAACGAGAAAAAAAUGCAUCCUUCAUCCAAGCCGACCGCUACUAAAAUGUUUGUUUUCCCUGCCACAUACGAUCAUGAUCGACAACUGUUUGUCGCACGGCAAGGGGAUCCCGCCACGAGUAUCCGAAAUGUAGUCAGUAGCGUGUAGUGUCAGUACUUGUACAAUGUGUCUUGCAUAAUUAGAUGACAGCACGACCAGAACGACCGAACAAGAAGAACGUUUUUCAGUGCGGAUAUUUUUUACUGUUUCCUCACACGGUCCACGCGUUUGUUGUGUCAGUCUCCUUUGCGUUGAAAACAAGCUGAUGUGUAAGUACUCGAUCUGCAAAAAGACGCGUUACAAGCACGCCUACACGCUCAUCCUCCGCCCGGGUCAUAAGCGUACCUGUGGAUGCAUAGGGUGUUGACCUUGCGUCGGGCGUUACCGACACACCAGGUAGUACGUGUUGUGUAACGUUCAAUUUGAAUUUGUAAUGCAUGUUUUCCAUCUCAAUUUGAAUUUGUAAUGCAUGUUUUCCAUCUGAAUCGAUCAUGAAUUAUGCUUUCUUGAUGCUAAAACAACAGGAACAAGUCGCGAAUGUGGGAAAGGCUAUUCUGAGUAAAACCGUCCCCACCCCAGAGUUGUCAUGCAAUUCUGCAUGCGAAAAAAGGUUCUCAUGCGGAGCCCUAUGAGAAGCAUUUUCCAUUUGUGUUUUUGAAUUUGUGAUGCUAGAAUCAGCAUGCUAAGCUAGAUCUUUGAUGCUUCUGAACUAGCUAAACAGGACGAUAACACUACGAGGACAAACUUGUCAUGCCAGACGACCAAGGCUGGCUGAUUUGUCUAGCAGAUUUCCCGUCUUGACUCUGGUGUGGGGACGCUUUCAAUCAGGAUAAAGGCUUUGUUGCGGUUAGCGUUGGCCGUCGGUGAUUUAGGAUUCGCGACUACUCAACAUCGCGUUUUCUUCUUUAUUUCCAACUUGUCAUGCACGUUUUGCAUGAUUUGAUACUUGCAAGAAUCAGUGUACGUGCUUUCCUCUUGUCAAUAGAAGUGUUCUGUCACGAAGAGUAAAAAGCGAGUGUUGACCACAUCCUGUGCAUACGCAGAUGCGGCGCACGAGGCGGACGCGGCAGAGUUGCUGGAAGUCUUCUGCCACUGAAAGAAAUUAUCAGCGUUACUUUCUCGUCGAGUCAAUUUUUGUAAUAGCAAACGAAAGCAGGUAGAGUUUCGAAGAAAACAAUUUUAUGCAACCUAGGUCAUGUCACAGCAAAAAAAUCACACCUAAGAUUAUCGAACAGCAAUUGAGAGUCAGAAGCCAAAUUGGCUUAUGCAGAGGUCGUCUUACUAUGCACAGAGAGAUAGACGUGUUUUUUUUUUCACCGUAUAGCUGCAGCUUGUAGUUACAGCUAAUUGAUUUAGCUUUUUUUGAGAAGUUUCCAAGCCGAAAGUUUCGAUCUACGCAAAUUAUCCUUUGUAGAAAUUUUGAUUGAAAUGGAAUUCACCUAAGUAAAAUGUCUUCACACGGGGUAAUACUUGGCGAGCACACUAGACUUGCAAAAACGAGUCGUCUGCUCCAGCCAGGAGCGGUAGCACCGCCACUAGUUUCUUAUACCUAAAAAUGCAAACCUGUAAUCUAUACCAUUGUGAUUCAUCGAACAGGAUGCCUCAUCUUCUUCCGAAGAAAUUUAGCGCUCGCCUGCUGAUGAUUUGGAUCGGG